AUGCAUCUUAUGUACACCCUCGACAAAGAUGGCAAGCGCACCUACACCUUGAAGAAGGUCCUGGGCGGCGAAGUCACAAAAUCCGCUCACCCAGCUCGGUUCUCUCCAGAUGACAAGUAUUCCCGACACCGAGUUACGCUCAAGAGGCGCUACGGCCUGCUUCUUACCCAGCAGCCAGACAAGGAAGCUGCAAAGGCUUGA